ACUCUUCAGCUGCGACGUACAAGCACCGCGAGUUUCGAGGCGCUCGGCUUUGCCCCCAUUCAUAUCCUCCAAAUACCCUAAAGUUUUUGCCUUCUCUGUUAUUUUGACAUCAAGAUCGCAAGCUUUUUAUUGCGAUGAUUUCAUUAAAGCGAGAAAGAGAAGAAGAUCUGGACGACGAUGACAACGAAGACGGAGUGACAGCCAAAGUAGGACGAGGACGUGUAGUAGAAGACCGAAGAAGCCGUCACUGCCCUUAUCUUGACACCAUAAACAGGAGUGUGCUGGACUUUGACUUCGAGAAGCUCUGCUCCAUCUCUCUCUCUCACAUCAAUGUCUAUGCCUGCCUUAUAUGUGGGAAAUAUUUUCAAGGUAGAGGUCUGAAGUCUCACGCAUACACCCACAGUGUACAGUUCACCCAUCAUGUGUUCCUCAAUCUGCACACGCUCAAGUUUUACUGUCUGCCAGACAACUAUGAGAUCAUUGACUCGUCACUAGAAGACAUCACAUACGUGUUGAAGCCAACCUUCACAAAGCAGCAUAUUUCCGGCCUGGACAAGCAGGGUAAGCUGUACAGAGCCUACGAUGGUACCACCUACCUGCCAGGCAUUGUGGGGCUCAACAACAUCAAAGCCAAUGACUACGCCAACGUGGUGUUACAGGCUUUUUCCAACGUUCCACCUUUGCGAAACUACUUCCUGGAGGAGGAAAACUACAGAGGAAUCCGCAGACCACCGGGGGACAUCAUGUUUCUCUUGGUGCAGAGAUUCGGCGAGCUGAUGCGCAAACUUUGGAAUCCGAGAAACUUCAAGGCCCAUGUGUCUCCCCAUGAGAUGCUGCAGGCUGUCGUCCUGUGCAGCAAGAAGAACUUCCAGAUUACCAAGCAAGGCGACGCUGUGGACUUCAUGACGUGGUUCUUGAAUGCUCUGCAUGGUGCUCUUGGAGGCACAAAGAAAAAGCCCUCAAUCAUUACCAAAGCGUUUCAAGGCUCCAUGCGGAUCUUCUCCAAGAAACUUCCACACCCAGAUUUACCACCAGAGGAAAAAGAGGCGCUGCUGGUGACGGAGGAGUACCAGGAGCAGAUGUCUGAAUCCACCUUCCUGUUUCUGACCCUGGACCUCCCAACAGCUCCACUGUACAAAGAUGAGAAGGAGCAGCUUAUUAUCCCGCAGGUCCCUCUGUUCAACAUCUUGGCCAAGUUCAAUGGCAGCACAGAGAAGGAAUACAAAACCUACAAAGAGAAUUUUCUUAAGAGGUUCCAGUUGACCAAACUGCCUCCGUACCUCAUCUUUUGCAUCAAAAGAUUCACCAAGAACAACUUCUUUGUGGAAAAGAACCCCACGAUUGUCAACUUCCCAAUCACGAAUGUAGACCUUCGUGAGUACUUGACAGAGGAAGCUCAAGUUACAGAGAAGAACACUACCUAUGACCUUGUUGCAAACGUAGUGCAUGAUGGGAAACCUACUGAGGGAGCGUACAGGAUACAUGUUCUGCAUCAUGGGACCGGGAAGUGGUACGAGAUGCAGGACCUGCAGGUGACGGACAUUCUCCCCCAGAUGAUCACGCUGUCAGAGGCUUACAUCCAGAUCUGGAAGAGACAAGGGAGCGGUGACACAAACAACCACACGGGGGUGUAAGUGAGGCAGCAUAUUCCUCAGUUUGAACGGCUAGAAGUUUCGUCAUCAUUUUGGAAAUAAGCUGGGUAUUUAAUUGAUCGACAAUAACAACAGAAAAUUUAAUGAAAGUGGCAAGAUAACAUCAGGACUUUUUUUUUUAAAUAGCCACAAAAAGCAAAUAAAUGUAAAUGUCUCCAUGUUUUUUUCACUGUUUUAUCUUUUUAAUAUGUGGAAGUUUCUAAAUAAACCACCUCCAGAACACA